UGGACAAAAUCAUUACAGAGUUUUCCAGACUUUCAAGGUACAAGUCCACGGGUGUUGAGUCUUAUCUAUUGACCUCCAGCUCCAUAUCUCUAAUCAGUUUCUCCAGUACAUCUGAAACCAUGUAUUUCUGUCGUUUAUUUGGUAUUUUCACCUUAUUGUUGGCAUGCACCUACGCAGCUGUGACCACUACUCCGAAGGUACCUGAAUGUCGAUACUGUACGAAAAUUUACAAUCCAGUUUGUUCCAAAUCUGGAGAAACGAUGAAAACGUUUCCGAAUCUUUGCGAAAUGAACAGGGAGAAUUGUGAAUCUGGAUCAAAUUGGAGUAAGUUGAGGGACGGAGAAUGCUGAAAAAUGGAAGGAACUACAUGAUUUUUAAUUUUAAAAAAGUUCUAAGCAAUUUCUUUUAUAUAUUUGUGGAGAAAUGACAUUUAUUGGAGGUAAGAGUGUUCACGAGGACUUAAAUUUAUGGGCUCAAAUCAUUAUUACAAUUUAUAAAAUAGAAUGACAAUGUAUUCAAUUUAAUAUAUUUUUCACGUCAGACUCUUAAAAAUUAAAUUUGAGAUUUGAGAAUUAUAAAUUGUAGAUUUUAGUCAAUAAAAGAUCAAAGAUUAA